UUUUUCUCAACAAUCCAUGAAGUCUUGCAAUGUCAUUUUCUGAGAGUACUAUGGACUACCUGAUCGGUUUGUGUGAAGAUCUCUACAAUACCACCUGUACCGACUCUCAGCUCAGACACCUCAUCCGGGCACUCCAUGCCUUCAGGUACAACACAAGUGGUGGAGGGCCUCCUUUUGACAUCUGGCGGUUUCUUGAGCAGUACAUGUACCCGCGGCGGGAUAGUCUCGCUGUAGUUAUACCAAUCACAAUCAUCUACAGCAUUCUCCUCGUAACCGGUGUCCUUGGCAACAUUUGCACGUGCUUUGUAAUCGCCAGAAACAAGUUCAUGCACACUGCCACGAACUUUUACUUGUUUAAUCUUGCCAUAGCUGACCUUCUGCUGUUGGUGAUUGGUCUUCCCCCUGAUCUGUAUUCCGUCUGGUCGCUCUACCCCUGGGUGUUUGGAGAAACAUUGUGUGUCAUGCGCGCUUUUGUCUGUGAAAUAUCCACUAAUACGUCCAUUCUCACCAUUACAGCUUUCACCGUCGAGCGGUAUGUCGCCAUUUGUUUCCCAAUGAAGGCCCAGAAGAUGUCCAGUCUUCCACGUGCGGCCAGAGUAAUCGUCUGUGUUUGGAUAGUAGCGGUGUGUACCGCCAUUCCAAUCGCCAACCAGUAUGGCGUGGUGAAAAUGAAGGACCCUAGGAAUCGGACAAUCGAUGAGUCUGCUAUGUGCACCUAUAAGCACGCCCCCAUUACAGGGUGGUUCCUCGCCUCUACCUGCUUCUUCUUCAUUGUCCCGAUGAUUUUUAUCAGCGUCCUCUACAGUUUGAUUGCUGCUGCCAUACAUCGAUCCACCAUUGACGCUCCUAAGAUACAUAGGUCCUCCUCUGAUGCGUCAAAAACUUCAAAAGAACAGAUCACCUGUUUACGAGAUAGCAAGGGGCGUACUGAUGGCAACGUACAGCUACAGGCACGGGCCAGACGCUCUGUCCUUAAAAUGCUCGUGGCAGUAGUGGUGGCAUUCUUUGUCUGUUGGGCGCCAUUUCAUGCCGAGCGGAUGAUGACGGUCUCCAUCACUGUAUGGACUGUUCCACUUCUCCGGAUCUACCGAAUUCUUUUUUAUGUGUCAGGAAUUUUCUAUUUUAUAAACGGCACCGUCAAUCCGGUUCUCUACAGCGUGAUGUCUUUCAAAUUUAGACAAGGUUUGCGAGAAACUAUCCUUAAACCCAAGUGUUGUCGUAGACCAAUAAAGUUUAGAAAGAAACUUCCGUUCUCGAAAUUGGUACUGGCAAACAGUCACACAGAAACGGCAUACACUUCAAUGCCGCCACGUUUUAUUAACAAAACGGGGCGGACGUUACAAGAGCACGAGCUCAUUCCUCAGAACGAGGCUCAAACCUCCGGAAGUCAUAGUCCCGCACCAUCAAUAAGUGGAAGUAGUUUGAAAUCAACAGACGGUAUGAGUCAAGAAGAAGACUUACAGCAGGUGCUUUUACAGAUUAACGUCAUCGAGAGACAGUUUAAAAACGAUGUCAGUCUAAACUCGGCAGGAAAAUCUUGUACUGUAGAGGGUCUGAUGGAGGUUCAAUUCUGAUUUUUCUUUUUGGAUGGAGAGGACUUGAUUUAUACACAGUUUCCAGUGUUUUCUAUCUAUUUUCCCCUUCCUUUGCUUUGUAAUAAUGUUGAAAUAAAAUGUGUUGUUUGUU